CCGCAUGAGCGUCACCAAUCUGAACCAAUGGACCUAGCUAGCAAGCUAGCUAACAAAAGAAGUCAUGUCAGUAGUAUAUCUUUAUAAACGUAUAGAGCAAAGUAACUGUAUUUACAGCACACUUUAAUAUCUACCAGUUGACAGCAGCAGGGGACGGUUUUGUAGGACGGUUGCAACCUAUCUUCCAAACUAUUUGUUUGUUGCCAUUUCAAAGGGCUGAAGAUUGUCGGAGAGAUUGCUAGCUCGCAAGCUAACCGGGGUUGUUUUAGCCUGGUGAAUUAAACCCAGCUACAGGGGUGCUCUUGCAUACAAGAUUACCAAAAAGACAACACAACCAAAUAACUUGGUUAUUUAUUAUAUUUUCAGAGGAUCGGAGUAAGAUGUGGUUUGUUUAAAGAAUAUGUUGUUGGCCCAGAAAGUGGCUCAUUAGAUAUUACUUUAGGUUAAGUUUCCUAGGCUAUAUCUAUCUAUCGUUUGCAUCAGCAAACGUUACCCAUUGGAAAGUUGCUUGGAUAUUAUCUUGGCUACCAAUCUGUAUGCUUAAAGGCAGGAUUCUGAAAUCUAUUUCAGCGAUUUAUGCUACUUUGAACAUUCAUCAUGGACAAGAAGUCAUUUGACAUCGUCUUGGACGAAAUAAGAAGGUGUGUUUUGACAGAUCAAAGAGUAAAAGCAAUCGAACAGGUACAUGGCUACUUCUCAAGUGAACAGGUGAUUGAUAUUCUGAAGUACUUCUCAUGGGCAGAACCACAGAUCAAAGCUGUGAAGGCUUUACAGCACAAAAUGGUUGCCAUCCCAACCACCAAAGUGGCCAACAUACUCAACUGUUUCACGUUUACCAAGGACAAGCUUGUUGUUUUGGAACUGAUUGCAUUGAAUAUCUGCGAUGCUCAGAACUAUCGUCCAGUGGAGGAUAUCUUCCGCACUCACCUGUCUGAGAAGAAGCGAGCACGGAGAAUCCUUGAGCAGGUUUGUAAGGUUGGCUGUAAGGCUCCCGUGGCCAUGAUUUCCUCCUGUGGGGUGAUUCCAGGAAACCCCUACCCAAAGGGUCGGCCCAGCCAAGUCACUGGCAGCUUCCCGAAAGCACCUUUGCCUCAGCCUCAGUCGCAGUCCAAUAAUGGCACUACUGCUAAGAAGAAGGAGAAUGAGGAGAAUACUAAUACUGAAGGGAAGGGGUCGGGGAUUGCAGCAAGGAUCCUUGGACCCUUCAAACCGUCUCCGUCCUCUUACAACCCCCACCGGCCUGUUCCCUACCCCAUCCCACCCUGCAGGGUGCACGCUACAAUCGCACCAAGUUACUCUCGACCAGGCUCCACCAGCGUCACCACCACGGCCACCAUCUCCCCGCACACGUGUUCGGCCCCCUCGACGCCCGUCUCCUCCCAGCCCUCCACCACACCGGCCCCCACCACCCCCAUCACGCCCAUCUUCCCCGGCAUGGUGCCCUCCCAGAACCCUGUGGCCCAGUCGCCCAGCCCCGUGCCUGCACCUUCUCCCUCGGUCAUCAAGGGCCCGCCGGGGACCCCCAUGUCCCCACACCUGCCCUCCAACCUGAGUGGGCAGCAGCCCGGCUCGGGCUCGUUCCCUGGCAUGCCCCCGUCAGCUGGCCCUGCUGGUUCGGUCAUCAGGUCCCAUACGCCCACUACGCCCUGCGGGACGUCGGGGCCUUCUGGAAGCUUCUCGCCAUCCCCGUUCCCCGCCAGGACGUCCCGUGCGGGGACCCCAUCGGGCGCACCCCCAACCCCUACCUCCAGAAGCUCGGCCAGUGACCUCUCUUCGGCACUGACCGGCAAGUCUUACCUGUCUCCCACUGACCCUCAACUGGGCAUGCCUUUCACCACCGCUGCGGGCACCCCUUCACACUCGGUCAUCCGCAGCUACACCCCCACGGGAGGCCUUUCUGCCCACGCCUCCGACCGCUCCAUCCCUCACGGUGCCCACGGAGCCCCGCACGCCCCCAGCCCCAAGCCCUCUGCUGCCCAGCAGGCAUUCUUCGGCAAUGACCAGCAUCUGGGCGUGAUGACCCAGCGCGGGCACGGUGGCAACAGUGGCAGCAGCAGCCCGGUGCCCUCCGCCUUCAAGGGCCCCUCGCGCUCGGGCACACCCUCGCUCAGCUCGCUGGCCAUGCCCAACUCGGCCGCCCUGGCUCGCUCGCUGGGGCUGACCGGCCACCCGCACUCGGCCGGCUCCCCGCAGAGCUCCAUGGCCGGCCCGGCUGCCGUGCUCUCGGGCCUGCAGGGCAUGUCCCAGCAGGCGGGCGCCAGCCCCGCUCCUUCGCCCUUCUCCGCCCUCUCCUCCUUCCCCCCCUCACUCUCCUCCGCCUCCCCCUUCCCCUCCGUGGCCUCCUCCUUGCAAUCCUCCAUGGCGUCCGUGGGUCCACCUUCCUCCGUCUACUCCGUUGCUCAGGCAGCCUCCCCAUUCGGCCUGGGCCUCACCACCGCCCCCUCCAUAUUUUCCGGGCUGCCCCCAGGCCACAGUCCCCAGGCCUUCUCAGGGUUCGGGCCCACAGGCCCCUCAGCGGUGGGGAGUCCUGUGCUCUCCUCGCUAAUGGGGCUCCAAGGGGCCCCGUCGUCGGUGGCAACCGUGGCCCCAUUACAGGCGGCGGCAGCAGCAGCUGCGGCGGCCGCUGGGGUCCCCAGCACGUCACCGGUGCUUCCGGGCUUCGCCUCGGCGUUCAGCUCCAACUACAAUCCAGCCCUGGUGGGCCAGCCUGGCCUGACCAGUGGUCUUCAGGCCGCAGGAGGCGGCUCCUUCCCCGGGCUGCUGUCCUUCCCUGGCAUGACCGGCUUCUCCUCCGCUCCCUCUCCCGCUACCCUCUCUGGACUCCACAACCAAGCCAUGCAGUCAGCACUGCUGCAGGCCCACUCUGCGUCCCCUCUGGAGAGCUACCCGCCCCAGCCCAACGGCUUCACCAACUACCCCCCCGGCCCGGGCACCCCCUUCCCCCUGCAGCCCGGACUGCACCCCCAGCUGGGAUGGCAGUGAGGCCCCCACACGCCUGACCUCUCCGCACGACCACCUCCGGUAUCCUCCUCUACGUGCUAGUGACGUUGAGGAAACGAAAUCUGUAGUCAAUAGACCACUCCAGUCAAAUGUCCAUUUUUAUCUCAAGCCGUGACGCUACUAAGCUGCUAAGCAUCAGCGGUAUGUGAGGUGCGAGAUGUGUUAAUAAGUACAGUAUCUAAGAAGCUGUAAGAGUGGGCUGGACUCCUGUUCAGAGACGUGAUGGCGUUGCAUGAUGUUGAUCGAAAUUAAUUUUUUAAGCUAUGCUUGAUAUAUUACUUAAUAAUAUAAUGGCGUUAUGGUCAUGACAUCAAAAUGGACAUUUGUAUGGGUCUGACCGGUGGUUUCGGGAAGGUGGUCUGUGCAUGUGAGACAGAGGAGAUAAAGAGAUGAAGGCUGCAUUUCUAAAGUCUGCAUCUGAGCCACUGACUGGACACAAGUCAUGUCAUUCUGUUAGCUGUUUAUCUUUCACUGGUUUCCCAGGCUGUGCUGACCGCACUCUUUGGAGAGACACCAAAAGAAACUGAUCAGUGACAUGAAAUGUUUACAAAUUCUGUGUGUGUGUGUGUGUGUGUCUGUCUGUCUAUGUGUGUAUGCGUGUGUUUGUGAAGCAAGCUCUUGUCUUAGCCAGCACUAGUAUACAAUGGUUGUAGUAUAGUGUACACAAAAUAAUGAAAUGAUAUUGGAAGGCAACUGAAAUUUAAACAAAAAUCCAGCUUUUAUCUACAGUAUUUAACAAUUGGGUACUGUUCAUUUUACAAAUUCUUAUAGCAUUGUAUUGUAUGCUGUGUUUUAACCCUAUUCAUAAACCUUAUAAUCCCAUGUUCACAACCUGUUUCGAGCGUAUGAUAAUCCAAGGCUCAAGUUGAUGUUGGUGCAUUUGUACAUUGAGGACUAAUUUGGUAAUGAUUUUGAGGAGUGAGUGAAAGACAUUUUUAUAGACAUCCCCAGCAUACUGCAUGUCAAUGUGUAGUGUGGAGGUCUGCACACACUCUAUGGCUUUUAUUUUGAUACACCAUGACACUUGAUGAAGUACUGCUGUACAUGACAUAGCGAUAACGUUGUGUGCUGUGGAAAAGAAGAAAUUAUGAGUUGUACAAUGGACAUUUCCUCAAACUGUUAUUUUACUGCUGUUAGCAUGCCUUAGUGCAAUGGACAUGCUUCUUCUAACAUACUGUACACUGAAGCUUUUUUAUAAGUAUAUAUGGGGAUUUCCAUUCAUCAUGUUUUAAAGCUCAAAUGAAUUGUCCUGGGGGAUAGUUUGGUAGUGAUUUGCUAUGGUUUGAUCUGAAUGAACUGUCUUUUCUUUUUACCUUUUUUGUUAUUGUCUAUGUUGCUCAGUAAUUCAGACUGAGCUAAUUAUUUGUUUGUCUUAUUUUUUACCAACGGUUAAAAAAAAGUUUUGUUUUGUUUUUCUGUUUUAGGGGCAUGUGGCCAUGCUUAAUUGGUUACCCACUCUUGGCAAAGGCCUUGGUCAGUCUUGUGUUAAUUGGGUUUAACAGAGCUCACAUCAGGAGGCAACUUAGUAGGGGUGUAAAGGUACACGUAUUCGUACUGAACCGUUAAGGUACAGGACGUUGGGUUCAAUACAGAUGUGUGCCUAAUGUACUGAAUGCAGUCUUGAACAGUAUGUUCAACAUGUUUCAAAUUCAAGCUCCCACAGAAACAUAUUAAGUGGCAGACCAUAUGUCAGUUUAGUCAAUUAACGUCACAAAACAUUUGACACCUUUUCAGAAUACUAUUACCGUUGUACAUCAACAAUAUUGUCAGUGAAUUUUAGGCUAGCAGUACCUACCGUACUUACCGUACCGAAAAAUUGACCAAACCGUGAUUUCAAAACCGAGGUAGACACCAAACAGUGAUUUUUGUGUACCGUUAUACCCCUACAACUUAGUGAAACUUUGCCUGAGUGCAUUAUCAAACAGAAUACCAGUCAAGUUUGCCUAGAACUGGACAUUUGAAUGAGAAUUUCAAUUUAACAGAAAGACUAUUUUUUAAGCCACAUUUUCAUGAAUGCAGUUAAAAUAUGUAAACUAGUUGAAAGAGAUGCUUUAAAGACAUGGAUCCCUUGCUACUGCCACUCAGCAGGGCACAGUCAAGCAUAACAUAGGUUGAGUUAUUAGUGGAUGUGGCAAUAAAGUAACUAUUUAACAACCAAACACAAUAUUUCCACCAUGCUGUCAGCUGUGUUGCUUAUCAGUGAAAUUAGGGCCUGAUUAAUCUUUGGAUGUCCAUGCUUUUUAAGGCCUACGCACAUGGCCUACUCACACGGCUGGCGACCGGCAAAAUGGAAUAGAAUCUAUUGAAGUGAAGGGUGCAAUGCACACAGCAAGUGGAACGACAGGGCGACCGUUGCCGUCUCUCGACCCCUUUCUGAUACGUCAUAAUAGAAAACAGCUGUCUGGCCACUGAAUCGAUGGGUGAUCGCGUCGCCAGCAGUGUGUGUAGUAAAGCGAAACAGAAUUUCACCGUCGCGUUUCACUGUCGCAUCGCGGGCCGUGUGCGGUGGGCUUUAGUCAUUACUCCUACCCAACUUUUAAACCAUUGUCAUACAUUUAUCUUCAGAUGUAUGCUGUAAUGCACAUCUGAUCUCACAAGACUUAGGUGACCAAGGCGUUUGCCGAGGGCGUCAUCAUCCCAGUGUCAUAUAGGAGAGGAGUUGCUGUGGGUGAUGUGUUCCUGAGAUACCAAGUAAGCCAUGUGUUGCGCCCAGAGGGAUGACUGUUGUCUAGGCUUAUAGACUAUUUACUGUAGCAAUAUUGUUCAAUAUUAAAAAGCGUUGUCAAUGCUCUUAA